ACCAUGGCAACUAGAGCCGCGUACUUUUCCCCGUCGGAAGCACAAAUCCUCAUGGAGGCAUACGAGGAGGUAAAAGAUAUAAUUAAGAAGAAAGGCAACACCGCCACAGUGAUAAAGCAAAGAGAAAAAGCGUGGCAAAGUAUUGCAGACCGCCUGAAUGCAUUAAACAUGAACGGGCCAAAACGGACAUGGCAGCAGGUCAAAAUCAAAUACAAGAACAUUCUGCAGAAUGCAGUGAAAAAGAAUACCCACAGACAAGGCACGGGUGGUGGGUCACCAAAGGCUGACCUUACCCCAGCAGAGGACAUGGCCUUGGAGCUAAAUAAAGGCAGGCCCGUCUUAGAGGGGAUCCCUGGGGGGAAAGAGACGAGCAUAGGUUCCUCCCAAGAUGCCACCCGCUUCAUUCAAGUGUCUGGCAGCACUGUGUUCCUGUUAGAGCCACCAGCACAAGCACCAGACGAUGCUGAUCCAGGUGAAGGCCCCAGUGCAGCAGCAACAGCACAUGAUGGAGACGAUGAUGAUGAGGAGGAGACCAUCUCUCUGGAUUCCAGAAGGCAUGAGAGCUCACAAGCUAUCAGAAAGUUGUAUGGCAACCACCUCCGGCGCCAAAUAGAACUGGCAGACAUAGACAUUCAGUACAAGAAGAAAAAGAUGGAAAAUCUUGCACUGGAGUCCGAAAUAAAAAAGAGGACAAUUAGGAAACUGGACCUUGAAAUAAAAAACCUUGAGAGGGAGGUGAGAUAUGCCUUCAAUGUACACUGUAUGCUAACUGUAACACAAAUGUAUUAAUCAUUAUUUGUAUUUCCUCCCCCAGCUCCAAGAAGAUGACACAGCUCAAAAUAAAAAUUAGGUAUAUUCUCGUAAAGUCAAGUGAGCCAUGACAUAUGAGCUCUUAUUGUGAGCACACAGGACGGUGGCAUCUUUCUAAGUUUUUAUUUUAUUUUCCCAGCAAUCAGUACAACCAAGUCAUCGUUAUAAGGCAUCGCCCUCUUUUGCCCACCCCCCCAGCACCAGGUGUGGCCACUAGCCUAUAUGAAGGCCCAAAAUUGUGUGUUCCUUUCUGCUCUGACAAUGGCAUGCCCAUUCGUGCGAGAUGUGGUGGAUGAAGAAGCACUUGUGCUGAGGAGAGCCUUCAGGCGAGAAAGGGUCUUCGGGGACCGGUUGGACCCACUGGCCUUCCCUGACGACCAUCUAUAUGAAAGAUACAGGUUUUC